UCUGUUGGUGGGGCAACCGGCUUCCUGGCCUGGGCAUGGGCUGAGCCGUUCCCUCUGUCUCCGUGCUCUGAGCAGGCGGCAAGGGGGAGGGGUGCCAACUGGCACAGGGGCCAGGCUACAGGGCCGCCCCAAGGAAGGUGGGAGUGGAGGGUUUCUUCAGCAACGAGGCUCAGACCGAAGGCUUCUUCGAGGUUGUGUUGCAAUCGGCCCCCUCCUGGGUGGGGGGAGGGGACUGAGGAAGAAAGACAUUAUUCAAUCCUUGGAGAGUUGGGCUGGCUCUGACAAGCACCCCAGCUGGGGCUGGGUCCCGCCUUCUCCGCCAGCGGGGGCUGAGAGAUAAACACAGCUCAUUUGAUACGGGCCAGCCUGGGCCUUGCUGGGAACGGGAUCUGCUGUCUGAUCCCCCCUCUACUUUAGGGAGCUGGGGAGGGGGUGGGGAGAGAACCAAGCCUUGUGCUGCUACAGUCCCCAGCGGCCACUGAAGCACAGACUCUGAGGGCAUCAUGACCGGGACUUCAAAUCUUUGUUCCUGGAGGCCCGAGAGGCAGAGCAGGAGUCAUGCAAGGAACCAGAGGGAGGCCGGUUCCAGCUUCUUACAGGGGAAACUUUCUGCAGGCCCAGACAUGUUCUGCCUUUUCCAUGGGAAGAGAUAUUCCCCCGGUGAGAGCUGGCACCCCUACUUGGAGCCACAGGGCCUGAUGUACUGCCUGCGCUGUACUUGCUCUGAGAGUGCCCAUGUGAGUUGUUACCGCCUCCACUGCCCGCCUGUCCACUGCCCCCAGCCUGUGACCGAGCCACAGCAGUGCUGUCCCCGCUGUGUGGAACCUCACACCCCCUCUGGGCUCCGGGCCCCCCCAAAGUACUGUCAGCACAAUGGGACCAUGUACCAACACGGAGAGAUCUUCAGUGCCCACGAGCUGCUCCCUUCCCGCCUGCCCAACCAGUGUGUCCUCUGCAGCUGUACCGAGGGCCAGAUCUACUGUGGUCUCAUGACCUGCCCAGAACCAGGCUGCCCCGCACCCCUCCCGCUGCCUGCAUCCUGCUGCCAGAUGUGCAAAGAUGAGUCAAGUAAGAAAUCAGCUGAAGAGGACACCACACAGUCACACCGUGGGGCGAGACAUUCCCAGGAUCCGUGUUCAGGGGACAAUGGAAGAAAGACGGUCCUGGGCACCCCAGCUCCCACUGGCCUCAGUGCUCCUCUGGGCUUCAUCCCUCGCCACUUCCGACCAAAGGGGGCAGGCAGCACAACAGUCAAGAUUGUCCUGAAGGAGAAACAUAAGAAAGCCUGCGUGCACAGUGGGAAGACAUACUCCCAUGGGGAGGUGUGGCACCCAGCUUUCCGCUCCUUUGGACCCCUGCCCUGCAUCUUGUGCACCUGUCAGGACGGCCGCCAGGACUGCCAGCGGGUGACCUGCCCCACUGAGUAUCCCUGCCAUCACCCUGAGAAAGUGGCCGGGAAGUGCUGCAAGAUUUGCCCAGAGGACAAGGCAGACCCUGGCCACGGUGAGAUCAGUGCUACCAGGUGUCCAAAGGUGCCAGGCCGGGUCCUCGUCCACACAUCAGUGUCUCCAAGCCCAGACAACCUACAUCGCUUUGCCCUUGAGCAUGAGGCCUCUGAGCAGGUGGAGAUCUACCUCUGGAAGCUGGUAAAAGGAAUCUUCCACUUGAUUCAGAUCAAGAAAGUCAGGAAGCAAGACUUCCAGAAAGAGGCACAGAACUUCCGGCUACUCCCCAGCACCCAUGAAGGUCACUGGAACAUUUUCCUAGCCCAGACCCCGGAGCUGAAGGUCACAGCCAGUCCAGACAAAGCAACCAAGACCUUAUAAUAAAGACCUAAACAGUUGCAGAUAUGAGCUUUAUCAUUUUUGUUGUUAUAUAUUAAUAAAUAACAAGCUGCAUUACCCCUCAA